AUGCUCCGAAGGGAACGAAGGCCAACUGAAAAGGCACUGGCACAAGCAGAAACAAAGAGGGCAUCACGUCGUGGAACUUUGAAGAAAAAGGACUCCCGUCAGUCAGAUGGCACAGGCAACUUGAGGAAUAUCGCUUCGCAACUGGAGCUUGGAGAUUCAGGUGAUGACUGGGAAGAAUAUAGGCGGCGCAAUAUAGAGGAGAAUCAGGAGCUUUUACGAAAAAUUGGGCUGGGUGACCCACUGGUCACUCCAGGAAAACGGAAGAACCCAAACCGAAAGCGCAAACAUCCAUAUGAUGGUGACAAGGAUUCCAGCAAUGAGGGUUUGAAGGCAAUGCCACGGACUUCAAAGGCCAGUGUGUGGAGUAACGACCGAUUUGCCAUCAGUAUGAGUGAUUCUGAUGUAGCUAUCGAUUCAUUGGACACAGAAGAACAAGAGAUUGCUGGAUGGCGAAGACAGGAGGAUGAAGAGCAUCAUCAAAGGAGAAAACAGAGGAUAUCUCAGAAAAACAGUACACGUGUCACCACAAGCACAGUGCCAAAUGCAUGGCUAAGGGGUGGUGAGAACCAACUUGUGAAUCCAUCAAGCACCGGCCUUGCACAUGACACUGCCACCAAUACAUGUGACUCCAUGCCCUCUGCAUCGCAAUUCUUCCCAGACUCUGAGGACUGUCUCAGCCACUCGCUGCCAGAUGAUGAUGAACAUGUGGCCCCACCCGCACUUACAAAGAAUUUUCGCCGGGGGGUAAAGGUCAACUCACUCGCUAUGGGACAACCCAUGGAUCAUAUUUGGAACCAGAUCAAGCCACAAACUCCCAACUCAGGGCGGUCUUUGAAACAUUCACGUUCGCCUUCUUUCGAACCGACUGCUUUGAAACAUUCACAAUCACCACCCUUUGAAGCAUCCACUGAGGAUUUCUCUGGAUGCCCAGAUUCUGGCACCAAUAUCACAUGGCAUCGCACAUGCACAACGCUUCGUGAGUGGAAAAGCAGGACCAAUGAGACAGCGGACUCUCUCAUGGUCCCAGUGCUCAAAACUGCAUUCGAACUGUAUCAUAUUUCACUUCUACUUAACCAACCAUUCCCGGUGCACGAUGAGAAUGAGUCAUUUGCAACUCACGCACUCUCAGAAGCCUUUCAAGAACACCACUUAGCAAAUGUUAAUCUAACCGGAGACAUGAUCCUGACGGUUACAAAAACUGCAUCAAGAUUUCGGGGGAUUUUCAAGACAGCAGCUAGUGCCAGUGUCAGACAACACAUGCAUCUGGCCGAAACCAAUGAUGAGAAUGUCAAUCGCAAGAUUGUUAGUGCAGCGCUGCAGCACGAAAACUUCUGUUUUGCAGAGUACGACACCGAAACAAACAAGUGCAGGGGAGCGCUUCAGCACCCCUGCAUCCAGGAGACUAUCCUAGCAUUUUUCACCCCGACUAUGAGGCGACGGGAGGCUUCUCUUCACCGAAACAUCAAGGCAUUUGAAAAGAUGCCAAGGGCAACUGUGGCUUUUUCCUUAACAGCAAUCCAAUGUGCCCUGAAAGAAUGGGAGACCGGGAGACAUCUCACGACGGAGUUCAGUGGGAGCUCUUUCUUCAACAUAUACCAGAGCCAUUUGGAUUGGAUCAUUCAAUGGAGUGAGAGGCGACCCAAGGAGUGGUUGAACAUCUCAUCAUCGCUUGGUAACGCUGCCUUCAAGUAUAUUGUAGACACCAAAGCGGAGCUGCCAGAAGCGUGCAUGGGGGAGGGAAGAACUUUGCAAUCCCUCUUUCUGCAACGAAACAACACGACGAUUUAA